GUCGCGAUUUCGCAUCAUACCGGUUUUAAGCCGCACCACCAGAAGAAAACAUCUGUAGCCGCUACCCCUGCGCUCAGAGGGAAUCCACAGAUGUCUGGCAACACGUGGAAAAGGCAGCGCCAUCUAUCGUCGAUUCAGUAAAGAGCUGACGGCUGCCAUUUCUCCAGUUGAUGCCGACGAAGAACAUUUCUCACUAUCCAUCCAUUGACAUCCGUCUCCAUUCAAGUUAUUCGGUGCUUUUUGUUCGUGAUGGACACCAGAAGGUUCUACGGGAUCAGGGUUCCACCCGUUGAAGAAAGCGAAGAUAGCUGCCUCAGCGACAGCGAUUCGGAAUACAGCCCUGACACAGUACAUGCUGCCCCAUCAGAUCAAUCUGGGCAGUCUGGGAGCGACACAGGGCUCGGACUAACGCGGUGCAGACUCCCUUGUCACAGCAGCUGUUCCAGGGGCUACGUAAGCUUCUCGCGCCCACCACACUUUCGAGAGGACCGAGGCCGUGCCCCGAGCCGAGAAUUAAUGACGCCAUUGUUGAUGCGGCUCGGUCAGCACUUCGCCUCCACGACGUCCUUUGGCUCGCCACGUCCAAAGUCGGUGCGAAGCAAGCGCCAGUCAUGCUCGGAAAGGGCCUCGCCAACGCCGGAAACUUCUCUGCGCGGCUAAUGUCAUCCGCGUCCGUGCGUUCGCCAGCGCGCGCCUCUUUCCUGUGCGCAGUGGUGUACCGGCUGCUGAGCCUGGUGGCGCUGUGGGCGCUGGUGUUCGUGGUGGCCGAAGGACGCUACCUGCCGACCAGGUCCGGCGACGAGCUACGCGGGGAACGCCUGCGGGAGCUCAUACGGACCUUGUUCGAGAGGGCCGAGCUGGAGAAGGCGGCGGGCCUCUAUCCGUACGCCGGCGACGGCCGUAGCGGCAUCCUCAGCGCUCAAGAUUGAGGAACGCUGUCACGGUUGUUGCCAGCGGUGCGGAAUCCCCGAAGAAGCCACCCCUGAUUGAGAAUAAACAUUCUGCAGCCGCCUUCCACGGGCGGCGAAUGACAUUUUAUCCGUGUGCGGAGUCCAUACUUCGACGAGCUCGAAUUUCCUGGGGGGAAGAGAUCACUGGCAAAACAUUAUCCCCCGUCGCACCUCCCUUCCGAAGUCUGCUUGACGUGCCCGCCCACGGUGGGGUCUCUGCGGCUGAGGCGUCCCGCUGCUCAACAAGUCGCGGGCUCGAUUCCCCGCCGCUGCGACCGCACUGUGGCGGGACCGGAAUGCGGGAAAUCAGUAGAUUUCCGUGGCUUGGAUACUUCUCCUCUGAUCACUAGAAAUUAAAAAGUGCUUUAGAAACCCA